UCUAUUUCUCUAAUCUCUCUCUUACCUUCUCAUACUCCAUACUCAAUCUCAAUAAACAAGCUUUUCAUAAUUCGCAUGUCCAAUAUCAUUUCAUCACUUCUUCUUCCCAUGAAUAGGACACAAAUACAAUCCAACCGAUCCAAUCAUUCAAAUUAAGAAUAAAUUAAUCAAUUUAUUCAAUCAUUCAAUCAUUCAUUCAUUCAUUCAUUCAAUCAAUCCAUCCAUUGCCUAAUACCUUCCUCUAGCUACUCGGAUUCUUCAAUUGAGUGGUUCCGUGCCUCUUGCCAUUUUCGAUAUUGUAAUUGAAGGAGGGAUCGAUUUUAUCAUUUCUUCUCACUCAAUAUCAUAUCAAUAUCAUCCAUUUGAUCACACAACGACCAAAUAACAUUCUUUUGGUUCCAGAACAUUGAAGGCUUACUGCUAAGGAUCCCGGCAAUCAGUCACCAAACACCCUCUUUUCACUAUCAGUGCAAUAGUUCGACCAUUCAUAAAGCUUAUUCUGUUCAACUCCUACACAGUCAUUCGACCACCUUCCUGGAAAGGUCCAACCAAAGUAUCCCGGUUUUGAUACUGCAGAUACAGUACAUAUACGGUACCUACUGUAUGUAGUACUGCAUCUCCCCACUCUUCCCAACCUCUUCAUCCAAGCUAUUUCUCCGUCGACCUUGGUAACAACAACACAUCUAAGAAACAAGGAUCUGGGAAGAUACUCUCAGAAUCUUAGAUAUCUCUCUAUCCGCAAAUCAACCAAUAAGCGUUUCAUUCUUCCCCCCAGGAUUCCCUUUUUGAAUCGUUCAGAGUUUGGAGAAUUAACUUUACCAAUCCGGCCAUCAAUUCGCCUUCCGGUUCCGAUUUCGUUAUUUGAUUCGGUCAAGACACUUUCUACAUCUUUUCCUAAAUUCCACCACUGCCUCUGUUCUACCACCACCAAAGAGCAUCGAGAGACCUCUCGAUUAUACUUGGAUAAAUAUACCAAAUUUGGCGGCUUAAAAUAGACUUUCUUUGUUGUCAAAUCAUCAACAAUUGAAAAUACCCGGGAACCUCCCUUUGAUCCCGGACAAUCCACCUACUGCAACAUCUACGAAUAACCCUAAGAACCAUUCACCACUCCUUGAAGAACCGCCAAGAUGAAUGUCGGCAAGAAGUUUGGCAGAGUCAAGCAAUGGGCUGGAGAGAAAAUGGGCCAGGAGUCCAAGACUGAAGUUUCCGAUGAAUUCAAGUCUCUGGAGACAGAAAUGCAAUUGAGACAUGAGGGUACGUCUGCCAAAGAUUUAUAUAUCAGUUAUACUAACAUCUGCCAGGAAUGGAAAAGUUACAAAAGUCCAUGACUGUUUAUGUUAAAUCGCUCUCGAAACGAAAUGAAGGAGAUGACAAAGAAAAGAUGUUACCAGGCGCGUUUAUGGGUCAGACCAUGAUACAUCAUGGAGAAGAUUUUGAACCGGAAUCCGAGUUUGGAAAUUGUCUUAUUGGUAGGUGGAUUUCGACGGUAUUAAGAAAAUAGCUAAUAAAAUCACAGCCAUGGGUAGAGCAAAUGAGAGAAUUUCGCGACAACAGGAUACAUAUGUUGUGGAAGCCACUUCCACAUGGUUGGAAUCUUUGGAGAGGUCUUUAGCUCAGAUGAAGGAAUAUCAGGUUUGUAUAAAUUCCCGCGGUCUCAAUGGGUGAUAGCUGAUUUGCAAAGUCUGCCAGAAAGAAGCUCGAACAAAGACGAUUAGCUUACGAUGCCUCCCUUUCCAAGAUGCAGAAGGCGAAGAGAGAAGAUUUCAGGGUCGAGGAAGAACUUAGAUCACAAAAGGCAAAAUAUGAAGAAUCCAGUGAGGACGUUUACAGACGAAUGCAAGAUAUCAAAGAGGCAGAGGCGGAUAGUGUUCAGGAUUUGGGGGCGUUUUUGGAGGCCGAGCUUGAAUACUAUGACCGUUGCCGUGAAGAACUUUUGAAAUUGAAGAGGGAAUGGCCUGCUGCGUAAGUCGUUGUUGAUAUACGCGAUAAUUCCCGAGCUGACAUGAUAUUAGACGCGGAUCGGCGGUACAGCAACCACGUCAGCCUAGACGCCCCGAAGGACGACCUCGUUCAAACACAGCUCAUUCAUACAGUGAGAGAUAUUCCACGUACGAAGAAUCUGCCUCAGAGCUAGAGCCUCCACGUCCAUCUAUCCGAUCCAACACUCCUCGUGUCAACACAACUCGAGUGGCAUCAACUUCUGGACUUGGUAGAAUGGAGGAAUAUUCCCCUCCAAGUUCCCCACAACGUCCAUCGAUCGGCCGAUCUUCCACAUUCCAAGGCCCGACGACUCACUACCGCGAAUCUCAAUCUUCAAGUCGUCUAAAUUCGAUCCCCUCUACAUCAGACGCUGGUUCUUUGCGCGUAAAUCUUCGCCCAUCUGGUCGUACCAGUAUUACCUCUGGGGAUGUGUUCAAUGAUCCAUCUGAUGAUUCGACUCUUAAUAGUAAUAGUCCAGAUAGAUCAUACGGUGCGCGUUCUGUUAGUCCGGCUACCAGUCAGGGUAGUAGGGGAAGUCGAUCGGCUAGUAUAUCGGCGGCAAAUUCAAGAAGGGCACCACCUCCACCUCCUAGCAGAACCAAGAAACCAGCUCCUCCUCCACCAGUGAAGAGAGCAGAAAUUAGUUCUGUUAGUGUUAAUGGUCGUUAUUAAAGGAUUCCCUUUCUAUGUUUGAGCGGUUUUCCUAGCGAUAGUACAUACAGCUAAAUUCAUCGCCCAUAUUUCGGACGAUUACGUUCUCUACUUCAUUGCACAUAAAAACAUUUUUUUUUUUCGUUUCGUUUCCUUUUGUUUCUUUGCGCGUCUGAUCCAGGGUCAGGAGGAAGGCCAUUCAUAAAGCUGGGGUCAAGUUUAAGAAUUAAAAAAUACCAUGGUAGUUCAGGUUUAUUCAAAUUGAUUAGGGUCUUUUUUUUUUUCUGGUUUCUUUUAGAGGAAUAGGGCAAGGUUAUUUGCUUGAAGGAAGAAAGUGCCU